AAGAGCGACAUGGCGGGAAAAUGCGCAGUCUUUGAGUCUAUUUCCCCAAUCUCCCCGUAGCUAUUAGGGUUUGUGGAUUUGACAUCAUCAACCCAAAUUCUCAUUGAAUCAAGUUCUCUCCUUUUUGUACCAACAGAUGCCAACUUACAAUAUCAGAGGCAUCGAUGUCGAUUUCCCAUUCGAGGCCUACGAUUGCCAGCUCGUUUACAUGGAGAAAGUCAUUCAGUCUCUCCAACAAAGAUCUAACGCACUGUUGGAGAGUCCGACUGGAACUGGGAAAACCCUUUGUCUUCUCUGCGCCACAUUGGCUUGGAGGAAGAGCUUGGGGGUUUUCUCAACUGGUCCGAAUGUGAAGAUGAGUCAGAUCAAUGGUGAUAAAUCAGGUGCUUCAUUGUCCCAGUCCCAGUCCCAGACCAAAGAUCAUCCUACCAUAAUAUAUGCGUCCCGCACUCACAGCCAGAUCCGGCAAGUAAUUCAAGAGUUGAAAAGAAGCUCUUACAGGCCGAAAAUGGUAGUAUUGGGUUCUCGAGAGCAACUAUGCAUUCAUGAUGAAGUGAGUUCACUUCAUGGAAAAGCACAGACGAAUGCCUGUCACUUCCUCUGUAGAAAGCGUACAAAGCGUUAUUGCAAACAUUAUUCUCGUACUGCUGAUUACUUGAAGAAUAAUUCUCAUCUUGGAGAUGAACCUAUUGACAUUGAGGAUUUGGUCAAUACUGGAAGAAAGUCUGGGCCGUGCCCUUAUUACUUAUCCCGGGAUCUUCAUAAGGUUGUUGAUAUAUUAUUUGUACCUUACAACUAUCUUAUUGAUCGCGGGUUUAGAAAAUCACUACAAAUUAACUGGAAAAACAGUAUUCUCAUAUUUGAUGAAGCUCACAACCUGGAAAGCAUAUGUGCAGAUGCGGCUUCUUUUGACUUGCCAUCUUGGCUUCUUACAGCAUGCAUUUCUGAAGCGAAAAAUUGUAUUGACCUUUCCGUACAAAGAAGGGAUGAAUCAACUGAUAAAUCAAAAAAUCCAGAUAACUUUGCGAUUCUUAGAGCGCUUCUUUUGAAGCUUGAGAAGCGAAUUUCUGAAGUGCCUAUUCAAUCCAAGGAAUUGGGAUACACUAAGCCUGGAGCGUAUAUCUAUGAACUCCUUGCUGAUCUAAACAUCACACAUGAUACUGUUCCUAUGAUCAUUAAUAUAAUUGAGGAAGCUACUCUACUUAUUGAGGAAGAUAACCAGCAGAAUGCUAAACGCAAUGUCUGCCGGCUGGAAAGCAUUAGUGACAUCCUGAAUACAAUUUUCAGAGAUAUAAGCAAUGCAAAAUCCUAUCGUGUUCAUGUACAGGAAGUUCAAGGAAGUGCAACAGAUGGUUUAAAGGGUAAGUCAUCUAGGACACUCAGCUGGUGGUGCUUUCAUCCUGGAAUUGCAAUGGAGGAAUUCUCCAAGUUGGAUGUAGGCUCUAUUAUAUUGACAUCUGGCACACUAUCUCCCUUAGAAUCAUUUGCACAGGAGCUGAAAAUAGAGUUUCCUGUGCGGUUGGAAAAUCCUCAUGUUAUUACCCCUAAUCAGAUAUGGGCUGGAGUCGUUCCAGCUGGCCCUUCGGGUUGCUCUUUCAACUCCUCUUAUAGAACUCGUGACUCGAUUGAGUAUAAGCAGGAACUUGGAAAUGCUAUUGUCAAUUUUGCUCGAAUUGUACCUGAUGGAUUGCUUGUAUUCUUUCCUUCUUACUACCUUUUGGAUCAAUGCAUUGGGUGCUGGAAGAAUAUGAGCCAUGCCAAUUCAACUACAAUAUGGGAAAGAAUUUCCAAACACAAGAAACCUGUUGUAGAACCUAGACAAUCUUCAUUAUUUCUUUCAUCAAUUGAGGACUAUAUGGCUAAGCUGAAGGACACCUCAGCUUCUGGUGCAAUAUUUUUUGCCGUUUGCCGUGGUAAGGUAAGUGAAGGAUUAGAUUUUGCCGAUCACGCUGGAAGAGCUGUAAUUGUUACUGGUAUGCCAUUUGCCACGUGGACUGAUCCUAAGGUUCGUCUGAAACGUGAGUACUUAGAUGAACAGGCACAUUCUCAACGGCAAGUAUGUAAGGUGCAGGUUCUGACUGGCGAAGACUGGUACAAUCAACAAGCAUCACGCGCGGUGAAUCAGGCUGUUGGACGUGUAAUCCGGCAUCGUCAUGAUUAUGGAGCAAUUAUUUUUCUUGAUGAAAGGUUUGCACAGCCAAAUCGUCAAUCUCAAAUAUCUCUCUGGAUACGACCUCAUAUCAAGUGUUACUCCAAAUUUGGGGAUGUGGUUUUUACAUUAACCCGUUUCUUCCGGGAUGGAGAAGCUCGGGGUCCUACAAAGCUGAAUUUAUUAACAACUGAAAAACAGGGAAAGAUAUAUGAGUCGGAAAUUCAGCAACCUUCAGACAAAUUUUAUUUUGAUAAAUUUCUCCCUGGGAAUACACAAGUGGGUCAAGGCUGUCCUGUAAAGUUAUCAUCUUCCAUUACUGAGGCUAGAAGGGAAAAAGUGUUGAGCCUGGUGGGUGAAAUUGUCCCUGCUAAUCGCUCUUCUGUUACUUGCUGCAAGGAUCAGUCUGUGUCAUGGAAGUGCUCAAAUAACCUAAUAGGAAAUGAGAAAAAGCUUCUUUCCCUUAAGAGGGAGGGUAUGCAGUAUCAAGAUAGAAAAGUAAUUAAUCUUACUGAUGAAUCAAUAUUAAAUGAAAAGCAGAGUGAAGAACUGAUGACGCCUUGUUCUGCGAAGAAGAGUAAAGUUAGCGCAGAACAUGAUGCAGCACAACAUAUUAAAAAUUCUAUUGAGCAUUCAUCUCUUACAAAAGAUUUUGAAUCGCAUGGCCUUCUUUCCACUAUAAGUUCAAUGAGAAGUGAAAGCUCACAUAGAUCUAGGUCAUCUGAUAGAGAAACUACUCAAAAUGCUCAAGCUGGUUCAAAGCUGCUGCAUAAAGACAAUAGUGUAACAUCGAGUCCUGUGCCUUCUGGUGAUGAGGAAACGAGAGGUUCUCAAUUUCUUGUUCAGGUUAAAGAGAAACUUAGUGCUUUGGAGUAUAAAGAAUUUGUAAAUUUGAUGAAGGCACUGAAGUCCAAAGCAAUGAACAUAAGUGAAGUUUUGCAAUCAAUUGCGAGAUUGUUUUCUGGACCAGAGAGGCUUCCCCUUCUUAAAAGAUUUAAGUAUUUUAUCCCAGCAAAGUAUCAUUCCUUGUAUGAGCACUAUUUUCAAACCAAUGGAUCUUCUCAGAGUGAGAUGCACAACAAGAAGGCCGGUUUUUCCUGAGGUGCUACCUGAUAUAGAAUGCAAUGUGUUCUUUUGUAGAAGGGAAAGCUUAUAGUUGUGAGGAGUUGUAACUCUAGUGGUUGAAAGCAUUUACACUUGCAUCGAAAACCACAAUUUUAAUCUGGCUCCCCCGUCCCUUUGACAUUCAUUAUAAGUUUUGAACAAAUAGAAAAUGUAAUUAAUUACAUGGGCAUUUUGCUCGUAAGUUUUUCAGUUAUACUGCAUACGACAAGCAGAUUGA